AUGUACCACGAAAUCCCUUUCCCCGUGUUCCAAAUGAAACCACCAAAUUCCUGGGACCCGUUCGAGCACCAGGACGAGCAGCCCAGUCAGCAGUGCCUGCAAAGGGUGAGGAAGGACAUCGUCGACUUCGUCGCGCAUCCACCGCCGAGGAUAUUCAUCUCCCCCGUGGAAAGCGACAUGACGGGGAUCGACGUGCUAAUUCUGGGCACGCCGGAUUCGCCGUACGAAGGUGGCGCCUUUCAGUUCUACCUCAAGUGCCCGCCGGACUACCCGCUGAGUCCGCCCCGAGUCCGAUUCCUGAACACGGACGAGGGCAGAGUUCGAUUUCACGCGCACCUCUGCGCCACGGGCAAGGUCUGCGUCAGGACCCUGGGCACGCUGCGCGGACCGGGUUGGAACCCGACCCAGUCGCUGCGGGGCACACUAGCUUCCAUCCAAUGGCUGUUAGGUGCGCACCCGCUGUACGCGUUCAGGUUGCAAGCGACGCGACGAGAAGUCGCGUCGUACGACAUCUUCGUCCAGUACGAGACGAUCCGGGUAGCCGUGUGCGACCAAGUCGACGCGGCCCUCAGGGAGGACGCCCGUUGCUACCGAAAGUACGAGAACACCGUCAGGGCGCGGCUUCAUCAGAAUGGCUGGAAGUUGUGGGACCCCGUCGGUUGCAAGUACACCACCGCGCAGUACGAGACGUUGCUGACGCGACUGCAGGAACUCAGGGACAAGGUCCAGGAGCAGAAGAAGGCCGAAGUUGUCGCGACCGCAUGCGUGGCUCCUGCGGCCGAGGUUUAA